ACACCUCUCAUACUUCAGUACUGCGUAGAGCUAACAACAUGACGGACGUGCGCGAACUUGCAUUACGAAAUAUCUUGGAAGAAAUAGCCGUCGAGCAAAAAUAUGGAGACCCGGACAUACAAACGUCAGCUAUACCAACCACCGGCUCCAAUUUCACCUCCCAACUCUUCUAUGCUACUAUCAAAUCGGCAGAGAAACAGGAUAUAAACGUAUUCGCAAAAGUCGCCGUCGUCGCGGAAAAACUCCGAGAAGAAGUCAAAACAUUCACUAUUUUCGACACCGAAAGACACUUUUACACGAAGCUAACGAAGACGUACAAAGAAAUAGAAGACAAGCACAACAUCCCAGAAGAACACAGACUUGUUAUUCCCAAGUAUUACGGAGGCAGCAAUGAUUAUUUGAAAGAGGUGGUGGUGCUGCAGGAUUUGUCUAAAGAUGGCUUCAUAACAUACGACAGGUUGAAGUCUAUCGACUGGGAAUACGCGUCGACAGCAGUUGAGGAGUUGGCGAAACUCCACGCGUUGUCCAUAGCAUAUCAGAAGGAAUAUCCGGAAGAUUACGAAGCAGCUAAAGGAGUUUUGAAAAGACCAAUGAUGGGAGAUGAUCAUCCUAUAACAAUUAUGUUGAAACAAACGCUGAGCAAGACGGCGCAGAUGGUUCGUGAGGAGAACAGGGCGAAGCUGGAGAAAUUCUUCUCCGAGACGUUUUGUUUCGAGCAGUUCAAGAAUUUUUACGAGCCGAUCAAAAGGCCGGUCAUCAUACACAGUGACUUCAGACAGAGCAACCUCAUGCAUAAAAUAGAUGAGGACGGCAAAGUCCAAGUAGUGAUUGUGGACUACCAGUCCUUACAUCCAGGACCGGCUGCCAAUGACUUGCUGUACUUCAUCUUCACGGGGUCAGACGGGGCGUUCCGAGCCAAGUACUUCGACCGGCUUAUUGACCACUACUACGAGCAUAUGGCUGCUGCGUUACGGAGGCUGGACUUGGACCCUAAGGAGGCUUUCCCGAGGGAUAUCUUUGAUCAGGAGUUGAAAGAGAUGCUGCCCUUCGGUCUUCUCAUCGCGGGCUUUUUGCUGCCCAUGAUCACCGUAGACACGGCAGACGUGAGCAAAGACGGCGAAGCGUUUGAGAACGAGAGCUUCGAGACUAUGGCCGAGCUGAUGGGCAAGAGCAAUGAUUUGAGCACAAGAAGGCUGAAUGAAGUUGUGGACGACUAUGUCAAGUGGGGGAUAAUAUAGAAAUAACUUGGAACUUUAUUUUAAAAUUGGCUGCGUAAAGCUUCAACCACACCAACGCGUCGGCACGCGUUGCAUCGCCAUCGCCGGCGCGAUUAUAGGCCAAUGACAGGUCGCGCGGACUGUCAUGGGUCGCGCGACCUGUCAUUGGCGAUCUGCACGCGUUGGUGUGGUUGAAGCAAAAGAGAGAUUUCAACGCAUUGAGUGCCACACGAGACAGUGGAAAAAAGCUAAAUAAAAUAAAAUAAGUAAAUCAAUUUCAUAAAAAUAGGUACUACUUUAUAUUAUACCUUUGUUUCAUUUAUUUAAUUUUCUUUACUAGAUUUGUCAACUAAUUUAUGUAUAAAAAUUUAUUAAAUGUAAAAGAAACAUGUUAAAAAAAAGAUAAUAAAUUAAUUUUUUUAUCAUUUUUGAUACCUUUUGUUUUUUAGGAUUGAAGUAUAUGUUUUUGAUAGCCAUUGGUCAUAUAUUGCAGAAAUACACCUUUAUUUUGAACCGAA